GGUUAGCGGCAAGACGUCGUCGGAGGAAGGCUGAAAAAGCCCAAGGUGCUGCCGUUGCUAGUACAAGUCGGACUUGCUGUCGCCGGAGCCGCGUCUGCACACGUCUCGGACCCAGCGCAGCCCGCCGCCGCGGUCCCGGAGCCCACCCCGUCCUCGCCCGUCCCCGACCCGCAGUGAUGGAGCCGGCCACCGCGCUGCCCCCGGGCCCGCGCCCGGCGCUGCCCCUCGGGGGCCCGGGCCCCCUGGGCGAGUUCCUGCCUCCCCCCGAGUGCCCGGUCUUCGAGCCCAGCUGGGAAGAGUUCGCGGACCCCUUCGCUUUCAUCCACAAGAUCCGGCCCAUAGCCGAGCAGACUGGGAUCUGUAAGGUGCGGCCGCCGCCGGAUUGGCAGCCACCAUUUGCAUGUGAUGUUGACAAACUUCAUUUUACCCCCCGUAUCCAGAGGCUGAAUGAAUUGGAGGCUCAAACUCGAGUAAAACUGAAUUUCUUGGACCAGAUUGCAAAGUACUGGGAGUUACAGGGAAGUACUCUGAAAAUUCCACAUGUGGAGAGGAAGAUCUUGGACUUGUUUCAGCUCAAUAAGUUAGUUGCAGAAGAAGGUGGAUUUGCAGUUGUUUGCAAGGAUAGGAAAUGGACCAAAAUUGCCACCAAGAUGGGAUUUGCUCCUGGCAAAGCUGUGGGCUCCCAUAUCAGAGGUCAUUAUGAACGCAUCCUCAAUCCCUACAACUUGUUUCUGUCAGGAGACAGUUUGAGGUGUUUGCAGAAGCCAAACCUGAGCACAGACACAAAGGACAAGGAGUACAAACCUCACGAUAUUCCGCAGAGGCAGUCUGUGCAGCCCUCAGAAACAUGCCCCCCAGCCCGACGAGCAAAACGCAUGAGAGCAGAGGCCAUGAAUAUUAAAAUAGAACCAGAAGAGACAGCAGAAGCCAGAACUCAUAACCUGAGACGACGGAUGGGCUGUCCAACUCCAAAAUGUGAAAAUGAGAAAGAAAUGAAAGGCAUCGUCAAGCAAGAACCCAUUGAGAAGAAAGAGUACGUUGUAGAAAGCGAGAAGGAAAAACCCAAGAGCCGAUCUAAAAAAACCACCAAUGCUGUGGAUCUGUAUGUCUGCCUCUUAUGUGGCAGUGGAAAUGAUGAAGACCGGCUUCUCUUGUGUGACGGGUGUGAUGACAGUUACCAUACCUUUUGCCUGAUUCCCCCUCUCCAUGAUGUUCCCAAGGGAGACUGGAGGUGUCCUAAGUGUUUGGCUCAGGAGUGUAGUAAGCCACAAGAAGCAUUUGGCUUUGAACAAGCAGCCAGGGACUAUACCCUCCGUACUUUUGGAGAAAUGGCAGAUGCGUUCAAAUCUGAUUAUUUCAACAUGCCAGUCCACAUGGUUCCCACAGAACUAGUUGAGAAAGAAUUUUGGCGACUGGUAAGCACUAUUGAAGAGGAUGUCACAGUAGAAUAUGGAGCCGAUAUCGCCUCAAAAGAAUUUGGCAGUGGCUUCCCUGUCCGAGAUGGGAAAAUCAAACUUUCACCUGAGGAGGAGGAGUAUCUUGAUAGUGGCUGGAAUUUGAACAAUAUGCCAGUGAUGGAGCAGUCUGUCCUUGCUCACAUUACUGCUGAUAUAUGUGGCAUGAAACUUCCUUGGUUGUAUGUGGGAAUGUGCUUUUCUUCAUUCUGUUGGCAUAUUGAAGACCACUGGAGCUAUUCAAUUAACUACCUGCACUGGGGUGAGCCAAAAACCUGGUAUGGAGUCCCAGGGUAUGCUGCCGAGCAGCUAGAAAAUGUAAUGAAGAAACUAGCUCCAGAGCUCUUUGUGUCCCAGCCAGAUCUUCUCCAUCAGCUUGUGACCAUCAUGAACCCCAAUACCCUGAUGACUCAUGAAGUGCCUGUUUACCGAACUAAUCAGUGUGCUGGGGAGUUUGUGAUUACAUUUCCAAGAGCCUACCACAGUGGUUUUAAUCAAGGUUUUAAUUUUGCUGAGGCUGUUAACUUCUGCACUGUUGAUUGGCUACCAUUAGGCCGACAGUGUGUGGAGCAUUAUCGCUUGCUUCACCGCUAUUGUGUAUUUUCCCAUGACGAGAUGAUUUGCAAGAUGGCUUCCAAGGCUGAUGUACUAGAUGUCGUAGUGGCUUCAACUGUUCAGAAAGACAUGGCCAUUAUGAUUGAGGAUGAGAAGGCUUUAAGAGAAACUGUCCGUAAAUUGGGAGUAAUUGAUUCGGAAAGAAUGGAUUUUGAGCUGUUGCCAGAUGAUGAGCGUCAGUGUAUAAAAUGUAAAACCACAUGCUUCAUGUCUGCCAUCUCCUGUUCUUGUAAACCUGGCCUGCUUGUUUGCCUCCAUCAUGUAAAAGAAUUGUGUUCCUGUCCUCCUUAUAAAUAUAAACUGAGGUAUAGAUACACUCUGGAUGAUCUCUACCCCAUGAUGAAUGCACUGAAACUUCGAGCAGAAUCUUACAAUGAAUGGGCCCUGAAUGUGAAUGAAGCUUUGGAGGCAAAGAUUAACAAAAAGAAAAGCCUUGUCAGCUUUAAAGCUUUAAUUGAAGAAUCUGAAAUGAAGAAAUUCCCAGACAAUGAUCUUUUGCGUCACCUUCGCUUAGUCACACAGGAUGCAGAGAAGUGUGCUUCUGUCGCACAGCAGCUGCUUAACGGCAAAAGGCAAACUAGAUACCGAUCUGGUGGAGGAAAAUCCCAAAAUCAGUUGACAGUGAAUGAGCUCCGACAGUUUGUGACACAGCUGUAUGCACUUCCAUGUGUCCUCAGUCAAACACCUUUGCUAAAGGAUCUCUUGAAUCGUGUAGAAGAUUUCCAACAGCAUAGCCAGAAAUUGCUCUCUGAGGAAAUGCCCAGUGCUGCAGAGCUGCAAGACUUGCUAGAUGUCAGCUUUGAAUUUGAUGUUGAACUUCCACAGCUUGCUGAGAUGCGUAUCCGUCUGGAGCAGGCCCGUUGGCUAGAAGAGGUGCAGCAAGCUUGCCUAGACCCCAGCUCCCUUACAUUAGAUGAUAUGAGACGUCUCAUAGACCUAGGGGUGGGUCUGGCCCCAUAUUCAGCAGUGGAGAAAGCAAUGGCCCGGCUUCAGGAACUGCUCACAGUGUCAGAGCACUGGGAUGACAAAGCCAAGAGUCUUCUCAAGGCCAGACCUCGGCAUUCAUUGAACAGUCUUGCUACAGCAGUUAAGGAAAUUGAGGAGAUCCCCGCAUAUCUGCCAAAUGGUGCAGCUCUGAAAGACUCAGUGCAGAGAGCCAGGGACUGGCUUCAGGAUGUGGAGGCCCUGCAGGUUGGAGGACGUGUGCCAGUGUUAGACACACUCACAGAACUUGUUACCCGAGGCCGAUCUAUCCCAGUACACCUGAAUUCUUUACCAAGACUGGAAUUACUAGUAGCUGAGGUUCAGGCUUGGAAAGAAUGUGCUGCUAAUACAUUCUUGACUGAGAAUUCUCCAUAUUCUCUCUUAGAGGUGCUGUGUCCUCGAUGUGACAUUGGCCUUUGGGGAUUGAAGAGGAAGCAGAGAAAGUUCAAGGAGCCCUUGCCAAGUGGAAAGAAGAAAAGCGCCAAACUAGAGAGUCUGAGUGACCUGGAGAGAGCUUUAAGUGAAAGCAAGGAGACUGCUUCAGCUAUGGCAACACUUGGGGAAGCUCGGCUAAGGGAAAUGGAAGCCUUGCAGUCUCUCAGACUAGCCAAUGAAGGGAAGUUGCUGUCACCUGUCCAAGAUGUGGAGCUGAAAGUCUGCCUAUGUCAGAAGGCCCCAGCUGCCCCCAUGAUACAGUGUGAACUCUGCAGGGAUGCUUUCCACACUAGCUGUGUGGCGGUACCCAGUAUUUCACAAGGCCCCCGCAUCUGGCUUUGUCCCCAUUGUCGGAGGUCAGAGAAACCUCCAUUAGAGAAAAUUCUGCCCCUGCUGGCAUCCCUGCAGCGUAUCAGAGUUCGCCUUCCUGAGGGAGAUGCACUUCGAUAUAUGAUCGAAAGAACCGUGAACUGGCAACACAGAGCCCAGCAGCUGCUUUCAUCAGGGACUCUCAAAUCUGUGCAAGAUCGACUGGGCUCAGGACUAUGGUAUAGCAGAUGGCAAGCUUCAGCAGGACAGGUGUCUGAGACAAACAAGGUGUCUCCGCCUACUGGCACAACAGCCUUUUUCUUGCCUGAUGACUGGGAUGGCAGAGCCUCAUAUGUACACUCUCCCUUCUCCACUGGCCGAAGUUGUAUCCCCCUCCAUGGUAUUAGUCCAGAAGUGAAUGAACUGUUGAUGGAAGCCCAGUUGCUCCAGGUAUCCCUUCCUGAAAUUCAGGAACUUUACCAGACUUUACUUGCAAAGCCGACCCCUACUCAGCAAACUGACCGAAGUUCACCAGCUAGACCCAGCAGUGAGAAGGACAGCUGGUGUGAGGACUGGGUCAUCAGACUGAGGGUGCCUGUUUUGAGUGCUGACUUACUUGAAGGGGAUAGACACCAUAAUGAGUGCUGCCGUGGGAAGCGAGAUGGAAUCAACAGUCUUGAGAGAAAACUGAAGAGACGCCUGGAAAGAGAAGGCCUCUCCAGUGAUCGGUGGGAUCGAGUUAAAAAAAUGCGGACCCCCAAAAAGAAGAAAAUCAAACUGAGCCACUCCAAGGACAUGAACAGUUUCAAGUUAGAGAGAGAGCGUAGCUAUGAAUUAGUCCGUUCUGCCGAAACUCAUUCCCUGCCCUCAGACACAUCCUAUUCCGAACAGGAGGACUCUGAGGAUGAAGAUGCCAUCUGCCCAGCUGUGAGCUGCCUGCAGCCAGAAGGAGAUGAGGUGGACUGGGUCCAGUGUGAUGGCAGCUGCAAUCAGUGGUUUCACCAGGUCUGUGUUGGUGUUUCUCCAGAGAUGGCGGAGAAGGAAGACUACAUCUGUGUGCGCUGUACUGUGAAGGACGCACCGAGCCGCAAAUAAAAACACAAACACAAACACCCCCCCCAACCACUUAAUGUAAUUCAGGACUCCAACCAAGAAGAUUUCUUCAAUUUCUCAGCAAAGCUGCAGGACUGGUAUUCAAACCAGCCUGUAAACGGUGCUAUUUCUAUUCCGUAUGGGAUCAUUUUUCCAGAACUCUUUGAAAAAAGAAAAAACAACUAAAAAAAUUUUUGACACUUUUUGUAUUUUUUUCCUUAAGAGCUGUUUGUGGUUGUUGAGGUUUGAAAUGCUGGCUGGUUUUUCCGCAGGGGUUUCCACCAGUUUGGAAGGCAUUGGGGCUUUUGCACCUUUCCAUGUACAGCAUUAAAAUCUUACCUCUGUCUGGGAUUUACCGGCUUACGAGUCCAACUCAGUUUCAGUGCCCAGAAGGGCACCAGAAAUUCCAGUAAAUCCUCAUUUGAGGAAUUUCUCUCUUGUUUACUCUGUUACCAUAUUGGGGAACUUAAGUUUUUCACUUUUGGGGUUUUUGUUUGUUUCUUUAUCCACUUUUCUUUUUCCUGGUAGACUAGGUUUAUUUAUCAAAGCAAUAACUUCUGUGUUGGUUUCAGUGGCUGGAAUUAAAACAAAACAAAACAAACUUCCAAACAGUGUGUUGGUGCUUUAGCAUUUGGUUGAUGUACAGAACACAAAUGUCUAGUUUCUAGUGUCACUGAUGAACUAGUGAUGUAGAAAAGAGACUGCUCUGUAAGUAAUUGCCACGGCUGUAUUUUGGCUUUUCCCCUGCCCCUCCCUUCCUCUCCUACUAUUUUUUUGGUAGCUUGUAUCACAUGUUGCAGUUUAUAUUGUGGAAUAAAUCCUUGGUCCUAAUUUAACACUAAAUGCUGGUUUUUUAGAGCCAUUAGACUACAGCUUCUUACGCCCCUCUACCUUGUGGGCUUGGAAGAGCGAGACGGGGGUGUUGCUUGCUUUUGCCUCUGCCCAGCUAGGCUGCAGCAGCAGUGGAUUGUUCUUCUGUAUCCUGCUCUGUUUGGUGGGCCGUAUGCCUCCCAUCUCUACUAAUAAAGAACCCCACCCAGUCUUCAAGGAAUAGAACUUAUCUUUAAAGCCAUGCUGUUUUUAAAUAAGCUUUUCAGAAUGGUGGCAAAUCAUUCCAGUCCUCAAAUCAGGCCUCCUGUGGAAAUGGUGUCUCUAUUAUACUGGAAUUGACAGGGAAACUUGGUUUAGGGUUAAGAUGUCAAAAGGAAAUUUAAGGAAGAUGGAUCUUUGCGGACGGCUAGGAAAGUGUGGGUCGAGGGACAGCUUGUGAGCACGCAGGCUCUGCCCCCGUGACUUCCUUCCUGUCGCUUUCUAACUCCAGCUGUUGUUGCUGGUUGUCGGUAGUCCACAGCCUUUCCCCUCCUUUCUUUUUUAAAGGGCUCUGUUCUGCAGUGGAGAAGACUUGGUGAACAGAACAGACGCUUGCUUGGUUUUUCCUCUUCUGUUGGUAAUACUUAUUUUCGCCCCAUUCUGUAGCCAUAAACCUGGAGAUGGGUAGAACUAGUGGGUCGUUAAUAAAACAAAACAACAAAAACAGCAGUUUGUGAUGUAGCAGAGAUUUAAAUGUACUAUAUCCCCUUUGAUGCAACUCAAAUAAUUAAAUCUCUUUAAGAAUGACUUGUAAUUGUCUGCAGCUUUCCCACAGUUGUGAUGUCUCUCCUUGUCAUCAUGACGGGGGUUCCGGGGCCAGAGAUUCCAGAGUACAAUCUGGAAUAAUAGUGGUUUGGCCUUUCUUAAGAACCCCCUGACACUGGGACAGGAUGCCAUCUGUCCCAGUUCCAUUGAGAAUAGAACUGAAAGGGGACACUGCAGCUGAAAUAAAGCCUUUGCCUUUAGAGAGUUUUGCCCAUCUGGUAUGCACCUCCUGGGCCCCCUCCUCGUGUUCUUCCUCACGUAUGGGUUGUCCACAGUCCCUGACAACAGCAUUCCAGGUGAGGUGGAUUCUCUGCCUCUCUGAGUUAGUGGGGGAAGGGCAAGAAGAUGUGUUUUUACCGCCCUCUCCCCCAUGAGAGGGCCACUGAUGUGUUUACCUAUGAUGAUACUGAAGUUGGAGAGAGCGUCACCUGCCCAGUUACACUGACACUGCUGGUGAAUGACAAAGCCUGGGUGGUGUCUUGCAGGUCUUCUCUAGUUUUCCUCCUACCUUGUGCACUAACACAGCAAAUGAACAAAGGUACAUCUACCUUCUAACUGAUACCUUCUGUUAAGUACCCAGAUCGACUACAAAGUGAUGUUAUCUAAAAACCUUGUUUACUAUGUGUUAGCUGUGAAGCCAGCCUGUGUCCCAGAGGCACUUCUACACCUGGAGAAAGAAGAGAAAACACACAGAGAAACUGAUGCUUCAUCUCAUUAAUCCUCAGUAAUCCUCAAGCAGCUGCAUGAGAGGUGUGAGAAGGAAGGACUGUUAGCUGGAGCCUGAGCCAGAAGGGUGAAGGAGCCUAGUGAACUUGGCACCAAAGGGUGGAUGAGUGCCCCUGCCUCAUGCCAGUGGCUCUUGUGUUUUUGUUUUUCCUUCUUUCAGAUCAGACUCUAGAGGAUUUCUUAUGCGGAAUCAAGAAAGGGCUAGUUUCUUAUGUAGGCUCUAGGCUGGAGAAAGAUUGUGUAAUUUGGAUCAGCUAUAAAGGAGAUGGACUUCUUUACAAUUUCAUUUCAGCAUCCUGGGAGGUGGAACUCCCUUUUCUAUCUGGUUAGCCUAAAGCCAGAGAUAUCGUCCGUGGUGGUGGAGGUUGGUAAAAGCCUGAGUGUCCCUGCUUCAUUCUGCCAUACAGAGCUUUAAAAAAUGAUAUAUAAAGAUCUUUAGACUUUAGGUCUUUUGUUUUGGCAGAAGUAUCUGGGAUUCACUUAAUUUGCUAUUAAAAUUAACAUGACCCUUUGGGUGUUUGUGUAAGAUAACCCUGAGAACAAAGUGGAUGCCUACCUGGAAGGGGGUAAAACUUCAUGUUGCCUUGUACCUUUUGUUGAACUCUGAAGGCCCUUUUGCAGUGGGUUUCUGCGUCUUGUUUUUUUCAUUUAUAAUCUUGCUGGGUAUUUGGCACUCCAUUAAGACCUGCCUCUGGCUUGGAUCAGGCACUGAUUGAUAUUUAGUGCCCAUGGGUGUUCUGGGCUCAAUCCUGCCCAGAUUUCCUGCCAUGUAACACAGACUGGAAUGGAUUAUAGAUGCUAUAUACCUGUAACAGGAGAUAGAAUUGAAAAACAAAUACUUCAAGAGUCAUUACCCAUCACCAUUCAGUACCUGACUGUGCUAGUCUAUGAUAGGCGUCAGCCUGUAUUAGAAGGUUUCUUUGCCAUAUUGAUGUAGAAAACACAGGCCUCUUCUGAUGAAAGUUUGCCCGUUGGGAAGAAGAGCUGAGGAAAACAGUGAAGAUCCCAGUGCCUUGAUUUAGCUCCAUGUGAGAGUUGGAGUCCUUUCUCAGCUCCUAGUUGAGCACCAGAGUGAUGGUCUCACACCUUUUGCCCCUGUCAUCAGUCCCUUGCAUGUGGCUCCUCAAGCCUCCCAACUUCCUGAGAGGUUCCAUGUGUAACUAACUUGUAAUAGAAAUGUUAUUGAAAAGCUGCCUAAAAACAUUGUAUAAAGUAGGAACUUGUGUAAAGUAAUACUGUUGUAAAUCCAUUUUCAAAGUAUAAAGAAUCAAUUUGUAAAGUGUA